ACUAUUUCUUUUUUAAUUUACAUCAGAGAUGUUUGUCAUGGAUCAAAACCUUAAGGUGGCACAGCAGUUUAUAAAACUGAUUUUGACUGAUUUUCAACAGAAUGGUUGCGUUUUAAACUGUAAGAGUCGUUAAAAUCUUAGUGAUACGAGUUAAACUGCACAUAGAAAGUUUUUACGACCUGGAAUAGUUAAUGAGAUUUGAAAAUGUACAGUUCUACCUUAAAUUAUAACACUCUUCCCACUACUGCUUACAGUAAACUCAUGUGUUGCCUAAAGUAGUAUGUUUGGAAUCUAGAUUGUUUUUGACGUAAGAUAAGUAUCAAGCGCUUGAAUCAAUGAAUUUUAAAGAUGCAAAGAAUGAAAUUUUAGAAUGGUUGAAAACAUCCGAUGAUCUGGAUGAUUUCUUGGUGGAUAACCAAAGUGUUAUUCUUCAAAGUAUUGCAGAAGACCUAAGGGUUUGCCUUCCACUGGAGGCUAUGGCUCCCUCAGAGACUAUGGCUAUUCAAAAGACUCAACAGAAACCUCAUCCCACUGUGCAUGUGGAUGCUUUCUUAUAUGAUGAGGAAGCUGUGGAUUCAUUGUGUAAGGAGGGAAAAAUGAGUCGCAACUACUGCCUCGACUGUGGAUCGCACAGAACAGCACCGCUGGAGUUAAUUUCACAUUCAUUCUCAAUCCCGGAGCUCCAGUUCCUAUUCCACACCGUUCUUCCAGACCUCUCAGGAAAACUGCUGGUGGAUGUGGGAUCUAGACUUGGAGCUGUGCUAUUUGGGGGCUACCUGUAUAGUGCGUCAUCUCAGCUUGUGGGGGUUGAAAUAAAUUCAGAGUUUGUCAAGCUUCAAACAAUGGCUGUAGAGAAAUAUGGCUUCAGUGACAGAAUUCAGGUGAUUCAUGCAGAUAUCUGCUCUCAGGCUGCCUUAGUGCAAAAUACAGAUGUUCUGAUCAUGAACAACGUGUUUGAAUACUUCAUGGAACCAAGUGAUCAAAUGCAAGCUUGGCUAUUUAUUAGUCAACAUUUCAGAAAGAAAGGUGCACUGUUAGUAACUGUACCCGGCAUUCAAGAGACGUUUGCCUUUCUUCAGGAUGCUGUUUUCCUAGAAACAUUAGCUCUCAGCCAAUGGAUAGAAGAAGUACCACUUGAUCACAUGGUUUAUCUAAAAAAUGACACCGAUCCAGACUCUCUAAAGCAAAUCCAUCUUUAUAGAGUACUUUGACCCUCAGAGAAGUGUCUUCUGAUACAGUGGAACCAAUGAGCCUUUAACAGGAUAAAUGAUGCAAAUAGAUUUGAUUAAACAUACAGAACCCUCUUCUGAUGAAUGUUCACUCGUCAGUUUUUUAAAUUGAGUUUGAUUGUAAACACAUUUAUACUUAAAAUUGUCUGUUUAUGUAACUGGCCAUACGUUUCAUUGAAUCACUCCGUGCCAUUUCAUGUUUGCAUUGCUGUAUUAAGCAGUCCUUAUUAAGAUAUAAUACAUAUGUUUUCCUGUAAGUAACCUCUUUGGUUUUAAUUUGUUCAAAUGCAUUUCUGUCUCCAACUCUUUCGGUUGAAACAGGAAGUAUGGGAGGGAUCAUUGCAUGUUUUUUUUCCUCUUUUACAGGCAGAGGUAGUGCACUGAAGACAAUUUACGUCAUCUUUGAUGUUAUUUUGUCUUGUGUUACAGCCAAACUCAGCCAAGCCACUGACUUAUGACUUUAUUUGAGAAGUGAAGUUUGUUUGUAAACCAUUAUAGCUAUUAAAAUAUAUAUUUUUAAA